UGUCUUCUUCGUAGCCAGUUCAGUUUUGCUUGAAGGCAUCUGCUUUUGAGUUUUGUUAUUUAUCGUUUGUUUAAGAAGGAAGAAAAAUUAAAAUAAAACAGAGAGACAAAAAGUGUGAAAAAAGAGUUGUAUAAAAGAGACAUUUUUUGAAAAAUUAUUGUGAAAAUCAAAGCCAUCAGGUGUGGUGGCAAGAAGAGACUUGGAUUAUUAAUUGGUAAUAAGACAAUAUCAUUAGGAAACUGAUCUUCACGUGGAGUAUAUAUAUAUUUGAUUCUGGACAAACACAUAUAUAUAUAUAUAUAUAUAUUAAGGGUCAGUGUGAACGAUAUCAGCACUCAGGAAUGGCUCAGAUGGCUUUGAUAAAUGACAGUACAUCACUUGAGGGUAACUAUGUGCACAACAUCCUCAAUCACAUAAAUGAGCUCAAUGAUUCUCUACUUAGUAAAGAGUUCGAGUGCUUACAAGCAAAACAGCAAGCUGAAGCUUUUGACAAAAAAGGUGUCUGUGAAGUCGACUGGGAUAAAAUUCUUUGUUGGCCACAAACUCCAGCUGGAACACUUGUUAAACUUUCGUGUUUUGAUCAACUUUAUGGCAUCAAGUACGACAGCAGUCAAAAUGCUAGUCGAUGGUGUUGGCCAAAUGGAACUUGGGACAAUUACACGGAUUACUCACAUUGCCAUGAACUCCGACUGCCUGUUGUUGAAGCUGGAGUCGAGAUCACGACCACCCUCUAUUUCAUCGGAUAUAGUCUUUCUCUCUCAACACUUGUCGUUGCUGUGGCCAUUUUUUUGUAUUUCAAAGAGCUCAGAUGUUUAAGAAAUAGCAUUCACACAAAUCUCAUGUUCACAUACAUCCUGACUGAUCUAAUGUGGAUCCUUACUACUGUGUUGCAAGUUUCAAUGCAGUCAGACGUACCAACAUGUAUAGUCUUUUUUUCUCUCCUUCAUUACUUUCACUUGACUAACUUCUUCUGGAUGUUCGUUGAAGGUUUAUACCUGUAUUUAUUGGUCGUAAAAACCUUCACUGGAGACAACAUUAAACUACGACUCUGUCUUUUCAUUGGCUGGGGGAUACCAGGGCUUGUUAUUGCGAUUUGGGGAAUCGCAAGAUGGACUGUCAUUGAUGUGACUGAACAUAGUAAUCAAAACGACGCAUUAUAUAGAUAUUGUCCCUGGAUGGUUAAUCAUCCCUAUGACUGGUUUUAUCAAGCUCCAGCUAUUACUGUUCUCGGAACGAAUGUCAUCUUUCUUUUCAUGAUCAUGUGGGUUCUGAUAACAAAACUACGUUCAGCAAAUAAUGUGGAAACUCAACAAUAUAGAAAAGCGACCAAAGCUCUACUAGUUCUCAUUCCACUUCUAGGAGUAACGUAUGUACUGGUUAUAGCAGGCCCAACUAAAGGCGAGGUUGCUAAUAUUUUUUCCUAUGCCAGAGCCAUACUCCUUUCUUCACAGGGUUUACUAGUGGCUCUUUUUUACUGUUUCCUCAACACGGAAGUUCAAAAUACAGUCAGACAUCAUUUUUCACGCUGGAGUGCUGCAAGAGACUUAGGAAUGGAUAGAAAAUAUUACAACAACUGGUCACCAAGAUCGAGAACAGAAAGCAUAAGGCUUUACUGUCAGCCGACGGUACUUUACAAGAAGCGAGAAUCGACAGCGAGUGAAACUACAACCACAACAGUUGUUGGAAUGAAUUCAACGGUUACAUUUCUCGAUCGAUCGAGGGCUACUAUUUCUGAAGACCUCAACGAGUGAUAAAGCUCUAUUGACUGCCUCGAAUAAAAUGCAACUUCUUUACAAAUUCAGCAACAAAGUGUCCAACUACUCUAGUUAACUUGGUCAUUCGCAAUUAACCACUAUUUAAUGAUGAAGUGAAUUAUUCCAUUAUCAACUAAACAGUUCAAGGAUAAUCUUCGCUAUUUAUCCAUACAACCUAUUCAAUCUGCGGGUAAUCGUCUUACAACUAUAUUCAAUUAAAUGGUAUAAAUAAUCGUCUUCCGUUUCAAAAGAUUGUCAUACUGAUUGACGAUUAUCAUUAUCAAUAAUCACCAAUUAUUAAUUAAUUAUUAUUUUUAUUGUAAAAACAAAAAUAUCGAGCUAUUAAAUGUAUUUAUGAUAAAUAAUAUACGAAAGCUCUCAUUGUUGUACCUGAACUUUAAUGUAAAGAAUAAAAUAAAAG